GCUGUCACAGCCGGCGAGGGUGCGCGCGCCUGCACCACCGCGCAUGCGUGCUCGUACGCCGCAAGCGAUUAAACUAAAUACACCAACACGCAGCGCCACUACAUGUGCUAUACUGGCGCGCUGCCGCCUUACCUACAUACCGAGAUGUCGGAAAGUUCCAUUGGAGGCGGAGAUUGAGUAGCGGCGACCGUAAGACAAUGGAUGGAUCAUUGUUCCUUGCUUAACUACUUGUUACUACUUAUUUAUUGAGCUUUUUACACAAAAUUAUUGCAUCAACCUAGUUAGGAAAAAAGACCUCAAAAUAAAUGACACUUUUCCUGCAACAAAUUAAAGAGCAACUGAAGACCUUGAAGAUGUCCAGAUUCCGAUUUGGACGGCAACAUGAUGGGUAUCGCCUAGUGUCCAAUGACGACAGCGGCUUCUCCGAUGCACAAUUCGAGGUUCCACCACCCAAAAUACCAUGGAAAGCAAUAUCUUUAGCAGCAUUCCUGUUUGUUGUGGGCACAGCUCUGCUUAUUGCGGGCAGUUUAAUUGUAACUGGGCACAUAGACACUAAGUAUUCUGACCGACUGUGGCCUAUGAUAGUUUUAGGCUGUAUCAUGUUUCUGCCAGGAGCAUACCACAUAAGGAUAGCAUAUUAUGCAUAUAAGGAGUAUCCCGGUUACAGUUUUGCUGACAUUCCAGAGUUUGAAUAGUUUUAAUAUGAAAUAUAUAGGUUUACAUUAUGUGUUUUUGUUCAUUAGAUCUGUUUAUAGGUUGUUUUCCAUGUAGUUGUAUGUUUCUGUUAUAUUUUAUGCAUAAUUAACCACAUAAUAUGUAGAUUAAUUUAUUGAAUGUUGAUUACAAUGUCCAUAGCACAUAUAUGUACUAUAAUAUAUUAGCUGAUUUUUAGUAAAACUUUAAUGUUAACAUGUUAUGGUGUACUUAUUAUUAGUCUAUGUAUGUAUGUCUAUUUAAAUGUGAUUUUAAUUAUAAUGUUAGGUUGUAAGUAGCUUUGCUAAAAAACUAUCCAUUUGUGUUGUAACAAUAUAAAUACAAAACAUUGCAAUUAA